CGAUUAACUGGCACAAGCAGGCACACACAAGCCGUGUCGCGCUACAGUGCGUGCCACGCGGCAUACCAUGGAAUCAUUUCUUGUCCCGGGUAAACGUCAGCACUGUAAAUAGAAGCGCUGGAAACGCUUCGUGAAACGGGAAGGCGCCGCCGGCUGUCUUCGCGCUACGCAUCAGCAGCAUCAGUGUCAUCAGUCAUUGUACAGGUGCGAUCGGGCUGUUCUUAACGUCCUCUCCGUUAGAAUUGGAACUAGAUUGUCGGAGCAAUCACGAGAAUGGCCAACUCCCCGGUGGUUAAUCCGGAAAUUCCGUAUGUGGGAAAAAUAGAAGGAGGUCUGAGAGCUGGUACAAUGGUGAAGAUACAGGGCAAGGUGCCUCCUCAGGCUGUGCGAUUUGCUAUCAAUUAUCAGCUGGGACCGACAUUGAAUCCAAGAGAUGACAUAGCCAUUCACGUGUCUCCGCGCUUCCCCGAAGGCUUUGUUACUAGGAACCAUAUAGAGUCGAUGAGCUGGGGCAUGGAGGAGAAUGCCGGUCCGUUGUGGAUUCUGCCAGGCCAGGAAUUCGAAGUACUGAUUCUGUGUGACUAUCACUGCUACAAGAUCGCCAUCAAUGGCAGACACUUUACAGAGUUUGCCCAUCGAUUGCCAUUCAUAAAAGUCACUCAUCUGGUUAUCGAUGGCGAUGUCGAGAUACACAAUAUCUCAUAUGAACAAGUAUCGGUCGAGCCAUCAAAAUCACCUGGUACAGCACCAGAUGAUGUACAAUCUGCUAACUUUGGACCACCAGCACCAGGUGGAUUGUAUCCAACGAUUCAACCACAGGGUGGAUAUGGACCUCCUCCUCCAACCGGUUAUGGCCCUCCUCCUCCAACCGGUUACGGCCCUCCUCCUCCAACCGGUUACGGCCCUCCUCCUGGUGCCUAUGGCGGUCCUGAUGGUUACAAUCCACCAAGAGCCUACGGACAUCAGCCCGAUGCCCGUCAAAAAGCAGAGGAAGAAGGUGUCUUUGGAGAUUGUCUGGACAAAGUUGGAUUAGCGUUAGGUGGAUUAGUGGCAGCUGGAGGCGUAGCGGCAGCUAUGCACGCGAUGAAUAAAAAGAAGGAAGAGAGUGACGAAAAAGGUCAUGAAAAAACAGAUGCUUCCAAGUCGAAGACGGAAAGCGAGGGUGGUUUCGGAAGCUUAGCUGGGUCUCUCGGAAUGGCUUUAGCUAGCAGCCUGGCGAGCAACGCCUUACACAACAAUGCACACGCACAACAAGGCUAUCCCGCUCAAUCGGGCGGCGGUGUAUUAGACUCUAUUUUUGGAGCAUUAGGCAGUGGAGGAUCUCACCAGCCUGGCUAUCCUCCAAAUCAGCCGUCCGGCGGUGAUGGUCUGAGUGGAACGUUAGGAUCUUUACUCGGUGGCGUUCUCGGCGGUGGCGGAGGUCAUCAGCAACCAGCAUAUCAACCUUCAGGAGGAUACGGCGGAUACCAACCGUCCAAUCAAGGUGGUUAUCCAUCUGGUGGAUAUGGCGGUCAGAGUUCUGGCGGAUCGGAUCUGUUGUCAGGAAUAGGAUCUGCCUUGUUCAAUUCAGCUUUGGACGGUCUGAGCAAACGUGGAAAAGAUAAAUCUCAUGAAGAAUAUCGUUCCGGACCAUCUCCUCCGAAUUAUCAGCCUCCUCCGCCAACACCGCCGAUACAGAGACAAGCCUCGCGUCCGGAAACUCCCCCGUCUUCCGGCGGACACAAAUUAUCCGCGGACGAAAUUUCGAAGGGUCUCGGACUGGACGAUUAAACGCUUCGAUGACGCGGAAAACCCUGAUCCGCAAGUACACUCAUAGUGAUGAUUUUAUGCUCUCUUGUUGUUUGAAAACGUAAUUUACGUGCCGUCACGAAUCUUAUUUAUCAAAAUAUGCUAUAAGAUAUAUUCUUUGUCUCUUGACACUAGCGAAUUUUUAGUCGUGUUGGGCUUAGUCGUGUUGGGCAGCUAUAUACAAAUAUGAGGGAAUUCAAGGAACUAUUACUCAAUAUUAUGAAUCUCGUACGUUAUGAAUUCUUCUCAUUCAACUGAUAUUAAAUAGAACUGUAAAAUUGUAAACUUGUUGCAAAAUGGCUUUUAAAGAUUUUAAAGAUUGCAUAUUUUAGAUAAGAAUCAAGAUAGAAAUCAAAUA